GUGCCAUCCGCGGCGCUGGCCCCCCGGGCUGGGCGGAGACCCUCGGGGGAGGCUGGGGAGAAGGUCAUCGAUUAGCUGCGGCAAGAACAAAUAGAAAGAUCAGAAUGACUGAUGCUGAUGAAACCAAGACUUCAGCUUUUGACCACUUUGAAGAUUCCCAAGAUCUAAUAUAUACUCCUCAAGAACAGUCUAGUGUGCAUGAACAUGUAACUGCAAGGAAUUCUUGUUUAGGCUCUGCACAGAAAGAUUCUGUAUGUGAAAAAUCUUCACAGGAAUCCUACACCAGUGGUAGAUCUUCCAAAUAUUUCACCUACUUGACCACUGUUCCGACCAAUGCUUUGCUGGAUGACAACAAUUCAGAGAUUGACCUUUCUGAUUCUACUAGCAGCUUGAUGGAACAUGAGUGUAACAUUACACCGGCAGCUCGAAGUUCAACAAGACACUUGGUAAGCUCUCCAGCAAAUACAUUAGACAGAGACAUUUCCACUGAAUCCUCUCUAGACCCUGGGUCUCCAUUUAAGUUGGCCAAAUCCCCAGGACUGUCUAGAUCGGCACUCAGUUUGAAAGCCAGUUUUGACUAUCGCUUGAGGAGGAAGUAUAGGAGACAAGCACAUCAAAGAUGUAAGGAGAAACCAAAAGAGAGAGAGAAGAGGUACAGGAGCACAGGAAAACCUAGAGGAAGACCUCGGCUAACUCUUCCACAAGAAGAGCAGAAAAAGAGACUUCUAGACAGAGGCUUUCAGUUUCCUUUUGUGGAAAAAGAAUAUGGAAGGAAACAUAUCCCCAUGAAAAUGAUUUCUGAAUAUGAGCAAGCAGCUUUAAAGGGAUAUUUCCAAUACAUUAAGAUGCUCAAGUGUGAAGAACAUCUCCAAAAGGCUUUAAAAAACCUGAAUGCUAGUGAGGAUUUAGAAAAUGAAUGUAUGGCAAUGCGGAAACACAAAUACAUAGAUGACGAAGGACCCAUUUCUCCUAUUCAGGAGACAAAUGGAGAGGACUACAACUUGGAUCCUGAUCAAGAAGAAUUUGGUGCUACAAUAGUUGACAACAGCUGUUUCAUAUUAAGCAGCAAACUUCCAAGCAAGAAAAAGUCAAAGACAAAAGCAAAGCAUGCAAAACUGAUCAGAGAAGAUGAAGAGGGGGAAGAACAUGCUGCUGAUGGGCCUGGGCCUGUACAGGAGAUACUACACAGAUCAGAAAACUAGUACAUCAUGGAAUCUCAUAAAUGCUGGUUGCUCUGACCCUGAGCAUAUGUAUCUCCAUAUGCUGCUCCACUUGUCAACAAAACAUUCACUUCAAACAAAUGAUGUUCAGUAUUCAACUUAAACUUUCAGUUAUUGCAAGUGAUUGAUGUAGCAUCUAGGUUGUAAAUGUAUAACUUCAGUUUCCUUUGGGCAUGAACAUGGCAAACAGCUCCUCAGUGUGGUUUGAAAAACUUCAUGCUGGAUUUGGAAAUGGAGUUGUUACUGGUUCAAUUGGCUUUUUUGGAGAGAGAAAAAGGAACCAUUUUAGUUUAUUGCUCCUGCAAGAGUUUCUGGAACUUCCAAAAUACAUUGAAAUCAAGAUGGAAAUAUGUAGCUAGUUGGUGAAAAGGAGCAUUUCCUAUGGCAUUCUGACUGUAGAGGCAGACAGCCUGACUGCAGUCACUGUCAGGAAGAUCAUCUUCCUGCCGAGAAGGGAGUCCAAAUAACUGUGGAACACUGUCACCAAUCACAUUUUCUUCUAUUAUCUUGGUGGAGUACAUGUUUAGAAAGCAAGGCAAAUCAAGUGAUUACAAAGAAGCUUUGUCAACCAGAAAUGAGGAGAUGCCUGUUCACAAGGCACUAGCUUAGUUAACACUCAACAUGGAUUGAAAAUCUUGUCACAAGGAAAUGGGCAAGUUGCUGGUAUGUCUGCCAUUGACCAGGUGUAGAAGACUAUUAGUGUUGCACUCACUGCUUUAUUCUUUUUAGGGGGACUUCACUACACUACUAGACAGAUCAGAUUUCAUUAUGAUGAAAAUUGUUUGGAACAGUAUCAUGACACCAACUUUGUCUAUUGCUGACAAAUCACUGACCGGAAAUUUCAAAUGAAGACUAGAAACGAACAUGGAUAUGGAAAAGACUUUCUAGUUGCAUUGCAAAGAUCAGAGACCUCCGUAAGCUGUGGACAAUUUAAAAUGUCAUUUGCACUGCUUCACUGGAUACUUCUGUAGUAAAUUUGAUUGAAUCUUUUAACCUAAACUUGAUUGUCACAUGUAUUUUUAAAACCUGUUUUGGAGGAUUUAAUGGAAUGAGUUAACUUCUAAGGAACAGGAAACUUCAGGGUGAACUGCUACAUUGGUUUCUGAAGUUAUUUGUCACUGAUUUACAAAUAAAGUUCUUAAUCAUUCAAUAAAUACCAUACUAUGUAAAGUCUAGGUUUUAUAAUUUUCAGCUGUCUGCGCUGAAAUGUGAAAUAAACCUCUGAAGUGAAG